GGGGUUUGGCGCCAGAUUUGAAGACGGAGGAGGGCGGCGGCGGCGCUCGCGCGUCAGUCUGUGUGACGGUCUGUGUGACGGUCUGUGGGUCACAUCAUGUACAUUAGAUCCAUCAUCCUCGAAGGCUUCAAGUCUUACGCGCAGAGGACGGAGAUCAAUGGCUUCGACCCGUUCUUCAACGCCAUCACCGGCCUGAACGGCAGCGGCAAGUCCAACAUCCUGGACUCCAUCUGCUUCCUGCUCGGCAUCAGCAACUUGUCCCAGGUCCGAGCUUCAAAUCUUCAGGACUUAGUCUACAAAAAUGGACAAGCAGGGAUUACCAAAGCCACUGUUUCGAUUACCUUUGACAACUCAGAUAAAAAACAAAGUCCCUUGGGCUUUGAGACACAUGACGAAAUUACAGUCUCCAGACAGGUGGUUAUUGGUGGGAGAAAUAAGUACCUGAUCAAUGGUGUGAAUGCCAACAACACCAGGGUAUACGAUCUGUUCUGCUCAGUCGGCCUGAAUGUUAACAACCCACACUUCCUUAUCAUGCAGGGGCGGAUCACUAAAGUCUUGAACAUGAAGCCUCCAGAGAUCUUAUCCAUGAUCGAGGAAGCAGCAGGAACCAGAAUGUAUGAGUGUAAGAAGUUAGCAGCCCAGAAAACCAUUGAGAAAAAGGAGAGCAAGCUGAAAGAAAUCUGCACGAUUCUGGAAGAAGAAAUUACUCCAACUGUUCAGAAACUGAAGGAGGAAAGAUCUUCAUAUCUGGAAUACCAGAAAGUGAUGCGAGAGAUUGAACAUCUCAGUCGUCUGUAUGUGGCGUAUCAAUUUGUUUGUGCAGAAGAGACCAAGCUACGCUCCGCAGAAGAUCUAAAAGAAAUGCAAGAGAGCAUUAUCCAGCUUCAACAGAUCAUUACAGAUGGUGAGAAGAAGGUGAAGGAAAUCAGCAAAGAAGUAUCUGAGCUGGAGAAAAUCCGAGACAAGGAGGUUGGUGGAGUACUUCAGUCACUAGAAGAGGCAGUGAACGAAGCCCACCGUAAGGAUGUUAAAGUGCAGAGCUCACUCGAUCACAAGAAGGACAGCCUUAAAGCAGAAGAGAAGAAACGUAAUGUGAUUGUCAAAACUAUGGAGGAGGAUGCUACGGCUCUUUCAACAAAUGAGAAGGAAGUGAAGAAGAUUUCGGAUGAAUUAAAGUCUCUGCAGGAAACAAGUUGCCAAGAUGGGGAGGCACUGGCAGCUGCUCAGAAGCACUUCAAUGCUGUUUCUGCUGGUCUUUCCAGUAAUGAGGAUGGCGAGGCAGAGACUAUCGCUGGCCAGAUGAUGACCUGCAAGAAUGAUUUAAGCAAAGCGGAAACCGAGGCCAAGCAGGCUCACAUGAAGUUGCAACAUGCUCAAAAGGAACUGAAGACCAAACAAGCAGAGGUGAAGAAGAUGGACAGUGGUUACAAGAAAGAUCAAGAUGCUUUUGAAGCUGUUAAAAAAAACAAAGAAAAACUCGAAGCUGAAAUGAAGAAACUGAAUUAUGAAGAUGGGAGAGAAGAGAAGCUUUUAGACCUGCGCCGAGACCUGUCACGAGCUGUAAAUAAGCUCAAAGAAUCCUAUGAAACCUUGGUGGCAAAAUUCCCUAAUUUAAGAUUUGAUUACAAGGAUCCUGAAAAGAACUGGAACUCAGAUAGAGUCAAAGGUCUUGUUGCCACACUUAUCUCUGUGAAAGACAUCUCGGCGGCAACAGCCCUAGAAGUGGUUGCUGGAGGCCGUCUGUAUAACGUGGUGGUGGACACAGAGGAAACCGGCAAAAAGCUCCUAGAGAAAGGAGACCUCAAGCGGAGAUACACCAUCAUACCGCUCAACAAAAUUUCUGCUCGGUGCAUUAAUGAUCAAACAGUGAAGGCUGCCAAAGAUUUGGUGGGUGCAGACAAUGUGCAUACAGCCCUAUCACUGGUUGGAUACAAUUCAGAGCUGCAGAAAGCAAUGCAGCAUGUUUUUGGGUCUGCAUUGGUGUGCGACACUUUGGAAAAUGCCAAGAGAGUAACCUUUGACAAGAGGAUCAUGACAAAAACAGUCACACUUGGUGGCGAUACGUUUGACCCACAGGGAACGUUAAGUGGAGGUGCCCGAGCACAGUCUGCCUCUGUUCUGAGCAAGCUUCAGGAGCUGAAAGAUGUUCAAGAUGAACUUCGAUCGAAACAGACUGAGUUGCAGCAAGUAGAUAAGGAGCUGGGGAGUCUCAAAAGCACAGUGGAGAAGUACCGUGAGCUGAAACUGCAGUGGGAGUUGAAAUCGCAAGAGCAGGAAAUACUACUGGUGAAACUUCAGCAGAGUUCCUACCAUAGGCAGCAGCAGGAGCUUGAAACCCUGCAGAAAACUAUCGAUGAAUGUGAAGAGACGCUGAAGAAAACUAAGGAGGUACAAAAGAAAGCUGAAGAAAAGUACAAAGUUCUGGAGAACAAAAUGAAAAACGCUGACGCAGAGAGGGAAAAGGAGCUAAAGGAAGCGCAAAAGAGGCUUGAUGAUGCUAAAAAAAAGGCAGAUUCCUCCAGUAAGAAGACCAAAGAGAAGCAACAGGCAGUGGAUGCUGUGCUCCUGGAAAAGGAAGAGUUGAAGCGUGAACAGAUGGGGUCCAAACAGCAAAUUGAGGCCAUCGAUGAAGUCAUCAAGUCCUACAAGGAACAGAUUGAGAACAUGACUGAAGAAAUGGGGAAGAAUAAGGAGAUUGUGAAGAAAGCUCAGGAUGAUCUGGCGAAACAGAAGGAAGCCAUAAAGGCUCAAAAUAGUGAAAUACAGGUCAAAACCACCACCAUAUCACAGCUGGUGAAACUGAAGAACGAAGCUCAGCUGAAGAUUCAGGAGCGGGAACACAACAUUGACAAGCAUAAACGGGACAGCGCUGAUGCUGCAGCUAAAGUGUCCAGAAUGCUGAAAGAGCACAACUGGAUUGCUUCUGAAAAACACCUCUUUGGCCAACCCAACACAGUCUAUGAUUUUAAAACUAAGCACCCUAAAGAGGCAGGCCAGCGGCUGCAGCAGCUCCAGGAGAAGAAGGAUAAAUUGGGCAAGAAUGUGAACAUGAGGGCAAUGAACAUGCUGAGCCAGGCUGAAGAACGGUACAAUGAUCUGAUGAAGAAGAAAAGAAUUGUUGAAACCGACAAAGCAAAAAUUCUCUCAACUAUUGAAGAAUUGGAUCAAAAGAAGAAUGAUGCCUUAAAUGUUGCAUGGAAACAGGUGAACAAAGAUUUUGGCUCAAUUUUUUGUACACUGCUUCCUGGAGCAAAUGCCACGUUGGCUCCCCCUGAAGGCAAGACUCUCCUGGAUGGACUUGAGUUUAAAGUGGCCCUUGGCAUUGAUUGGAAGGAGAACCUCACUGAACUCAGUGGAGGUCAAAGGUCAUUGGUGGCUCUGUCUCUGAUCCUGGCCAUGCUGCUCUUCAAACCUGCUCCAAUAUACAUCCUGGAUGAGGUUGAUGCAGCUCUGGACCUGUCUCAUACCCAAAACAUUGGACAGAUGCUUCGCACACAUUUCCGACACUCCCAGUUCAUCGUGGUGUCAUUGAAAGAUGGAAUGUUCAACAAUGCUAAUGUCCUGUUCAAAACCAAGUUUGUGGAUGGUGUAUCCACUGUGGGAAGAUUUACUCAGAACCAGAUCACCCCCAAUCACCCACCUGGCCAACGAGAGAAGACGAAAGUAAAAGACAAGAGGAACAGACUGAAAAUGUAGGAUUAAAAACCCCAAUAGCUGUAUAAACUGUGUACACUGCCGUAUAUAUUGUAUGUAAUAUUGUGCAGUAAAGCUCCUGUCACUUUUCAUCUUCCUGUUCUUUAAAUUGACUGACUUUAAAGUUGUAUAUUUCUAUUAAAUCUCUUUGAAUGCAACUUUUUCUGUAUCUUUUAAAUAAACUUUCCUGUCUCAGUAAAAAA